AUUCUUUUUAUUGUAGAUUAUUUUAAAUUACAUUUCUAAACAAUUUAUUUUAUUAACGCUAAAUUAAAGUUUGGCGUACUUCUUUAAUUAUUACCGCUGACCUUGUGUUUGUUUUUUUCUCCAUAUAAAAUUAAAUUUUGUUAAAAAUUUUGUUAAAAAUUGAGAAAUAUUUGUUGAAGAAGCUUGGAAAUGGUUUUAAAUUGUAUUGUCAUCGGGUUCUGAGCUAUCUUGAGAAUUUCAGAGCUCUAGCUGGUCGAGAAGUGGGUUAAAUAUCGCUUCAAAGAUUCUAACCGGAUGGACAGACAGACAGACACACAAGAAAGCAACUUUAUAAAAACGUUGUAAAAACGCGUAAAAUUAAUUAGUAAUUAGUUAUGCAAUAUUUUUUAAAGUGUAAAGUGCAUUGUACAAGUUUUUUUAAAAGAAAGUGAAAAAGAUUUUCUUGACAAAUUAUCAAAGGUAAAUAUAGUACAUAUUAUGUUAUUUCUUUUUCUAAAUCUUUUUCUUUUUUUUUUUAUUUCUUUUCUUUUUUCUUCAUUUCUUUUAUCUUCAUAUGUUAUCAUUUAAUUUUAAAUAGCAUGUCUUUUGUGUGGAAGCACUUCAAAAGGAAAACGGGCAACAAAGAUAAAGCACGCUGUGGCGUAGAAUUAAGCAAUCGAAAGUGUAGUGCUGUUCUCAAUUGUGCUGGAGGUUCAAUGAAGGGUUUGAUAGAAAAUCCAAAGCGUGUUCAUCAGAUACUUGAUCCAUUGAAAUCUGGACCGACAACUAGCAACCAAGCUCAACCAAGCACAAGCAGCACUGACAAUCCUCCAGUGAAGAGGCAAAAGUUGAUGAGAGAUUUUACUAAAGCAUUGUUUGAGGAAACCAUUUCUAAAGAAGUUGCUUUAAAUGGAUUGAACUUCGAACAAAUUGUCAACUCAGAUAUAAUAGCAGAGCAUGUGAAAGAGAAGUUUCCAACGAAAAACUUCCCAAAGAAUGGAUCUGGUGUUACAAAGAUUGUUCAAGGUUUUCAUGAAGACAUCAAAGCUAAAAUAAAAUUGUGGAUUCAAACUCAUCUAGCUGAAGGAGAUUUCUUUUCAACAAUCCUUGAUGAAUGGACUUCUACUGCAGAAGUUUCUUGAACAUUAAUCUUCAAUAUUUUGAAAAUGGUGUUGAUAAAAAAAUCAUUUUGGGCAUGGUUCCAAUUUAUGGAAGUGCAACUGCUCUUAACAUCAAAAAACUAUUCGAAGCAAGAUUGAUGGAAUUUGGCUUGAAUCCAAAGAAACAUAUUGUUGCCACUUCUGGUGAUGGUGUGAGCGCUAUGGCAUCAUUUGGUUCUAUGAUCGCAUCAGAAUACCUCCAGUGCAGCGAUCAUGGAAUUUAUCUGGGUGUUACUAAAGUUCUUUAUCUAAAGAAACAGUCAGCAGAUGCUCCAGUGGAUGACGACAAUGAUAUCUUUUUUGUUGAGUGUGGAAAUGAAAAUAAACCUGAUAAAGAUGUACCUGAUGCCGGCGAAGACACAGAAUCAGACAAUGAAGAGGAGGCCAAUUCACUUCAAAUGGUUUUCGCUUAUCAAUCAACAAUCACUAAAUUGAGAAAAAUAGUGAGCCUCUUCCAUCGAUCAUUGGUCAAAAAUGAAAUUCUUCAAAAAUUUGUUAAGAGGAUUAACAACGGAAGAGAACUUAAGCUGAAGUUAGAUUCAAAGACUCGUUGGGGCAGCCUUCAUGAUGCUUGCGAAAGGUUCUUGAAGCUACUUGGACCUGUGAAGGAAGCUCUGAACCACAGGGAGAUUGACAAAACCUACUUAUGGGCAGAUAUCGACUCAAAAAGAUUAGGAGCUGGUAGAAGUUCUAAGUCCAAAGGAGGAGCUGGUAGAAGUUCUGAGUCUAGCGAAGUUGGCAAUUCAAUUCUUGUCAAAGAAAUCAGUAAAUCUCAUCGAUUGCAACACAAUUAUCAAGUUUCUCUCGGACAAUUUAGAAAUGUAUGAUUAUCAGUUCUCGCAGGACAUCUUCUUGGCUAUCAAAGAGAAAACCAACAAAUGCAGACAUGACAUUCUUCAAUCACUCAUCCUUUACUUGCACAACAUCAACAGCAUCAAUGGGCCGAAUCACUUUGCUUCAACGACUGUUGUAGCUAUGAGCAAACUUGCAGUGAAACUGAUGGAAAGACUUCAGUACUGAAAAUGAUGAUUGUGUGGAACAACCUGAACAGCAAGAAGAACCAUCAGCAUCACAGCAGGUUUAAAGAAGUUUAGCUGAGCAACUGACACUUGCCUUGAAAGCUUCAAGAGAGGUCACCAACAAGCAGGCAAAGUUAUUGACUACAAAAAGGAGAUGCAGAUGUAUGUGAAGACAAAAGUACGCUCACCAACUCUGGAUAGACUUUUCAAGGGACUGAAUGCAAUACAAGCAACAUCAGUAGCUGCAGAAUGUCGUUUUUUGUAAGCAAAUAUUCUUGAAAGCAAAGUUCUCAAGAAUAUUUGCUUACAAAAAAUGACGUUUUUUGUAAGCAAAUAUUCUUGCAAAAUAUUCAAAAUUUUUAAGAACAUUUUUGCGCAAAUAUUCAAAAGUUUUGAGAACA